CAACCCCCCCCAUCGUUUGCCUUUUCUCUAUCAAGUACAAUCACUACUAUUUCUACUUCCACAAGCAUCAUCACAAUGGUUGCCCGCGUUCAGCACCCCGCCCCCACUUUCAAGACCACCGCCGUCAUUGACGGUGCUUUCGAGGAUGUGUCCCUCGAGCAGUACAAGGGCAAGUGGGUUCUCCUCGGCUUCAUCCCCCUCGCUUUCACCUUCGUCUGCCCCACCGAGAUCGUCGCCUUCUCCGAGGCCGCUUCCAAGUUCACCGAGCGCAAUACCCAAGUCCUCUUCGCUUCCGUCGACUCCGAGUACUCCCUCCUCGCCUGGACCAACACCGCCCGUAAGGAGGGUGGAUUGGGACCCGUCAACAUCCCGCUCUUGAGCGACAAAGCGCAUAAGAUCGCGAAGGAUUAUGGAGUGUUGUUGGAGGAGGAGGGUGUUGCUCUUCGUGGGUUGUUCUUGAUUGACCCCGAGGGUAAGGUUCGUCAGAUUACGAUUAACGACCUUCCUGUUGGUCGUUCCGUUGAUGAGGCUCUUCGUCUCGUUGACGCUUUCCAGUUCGUUGAGCAGUACGGAGAGGUAUGUUCAUUCCUGUCCAUCAUUCUCAUAUGACUUUGAUGCUAAUAUACGUUCACAGGUCUGCCCCGCCAACUGGCAGAAGGGUGGCGACACCAUCAAGCCCGACGUCAAGAACUCCAAGGAGUACUUCGAGAAGGCCCACGCCUAAACAUCUUCUCUCCGCCUGGAGCUGAGGAGAUGCUUGUUUGUUGCAUUUGAUACACACACACACACAACUAUGAUACACUGAGAUAUCUUUUGGAGUUUGCUUUUGGCUUUUAUAAUAUGGCUUCCGCUUGAGUGCCUGGAGCUGUGAAGGAAGAGGAGACGGAGACGUUUUAUACAAAAUUACAAGAAUAGAUUUUUGAUUGCUUUUUGCCGCGAUUUUGUUUUGUCCAA